CGCACGCACCAUCCCUGACGUGAGCCUCCAAAUGCACGUAGCCAAUGUGCGUGGAUGACAUUUAGCAAACGCUACCGCCCCCUUUUCCCACUGUUUUCCCCUUCAGAUUGACUGCGACAGCUGGCAAUGUGUGGCCUGACCACUUGAAGUUCAAGCCGAAGGUAUGCCGCUGGCUCGCAGCUUGUCCGUCACGUCCCUUCCCGGGCUGGAGGAGUGGGAUGAGGAUUUUGAUUUGGAGAACGCUGUACUUUUUGAAAUAGCUUGGGAGGUUGCAAACAAAGUCGGAGGAAUCUACACAGUCAUCCAAACCAAAGCCCGUCUGACGUCAGAGGAAUGGGGGGAGAACUAUUUCCUGGUGGGUCCUUACGUGGAGAGCAACGUGCGCACACAGGUGGAGCUCAUCGAGCCCACAAAUCCUGCGCUCAAGAGAACCAUUGACAAGAUGAACUCCAGCGGGUGUAAGGUGUACUUUGGUCGCUGGCUCAUCGAGGGGAGCCCCUAUGUGGUUCUCAUCGAUGUGGCCUUCACCGCUUGGUCUCUGGACACGUGGAAGAGUGAACUGUGGGAGCUCUGCGACAUCGGGGUUCCGUGGUUCGACCGCGAGGCCAACGACGCCGUGCUAUUUGGCUUCCUGACCGCUUGGCUCCUAGGAGAGUACACGGCCCAGUGCGAAGAGACUCCUCACGUGGUGGCCCAUUUCCACGAGUGGCUGGCCGGCUUGGGCUUGGUGUUGUGUCGACAUAGGCAGUUGUCCAUAGCGACCAUCUUCACCACUCACGCCACGCUCCUGGGACGCUACCUGUGCGCCGGAAAUGUCGACUUCUACAACAAACUUUCCGAGUUCAACGUGGAUAAGGAAGCAGGCGACAGACAAAUCUACCAUCGCUAUUGUUUGGAGCGAGCGGCCGCCCACUGUGCACACGUUUUCACCACCGUGUCCCAGAUCACGGCCAUCGAGGCGGAAAACCUGCUCAAAAGGAAACCAGAUAUCGUCACUCCCAAUGGACUCAACGUGAAGAAGUUCUCAGCAGUCCAUGAGUUUCAGAACCUCCACGCGCAGAGCAAGAAUCGGAUUCAGGAGUUUGUCAGGGGACACUUUUAUGGGCACCUUGACUUCAACCUGGAUAAGUGUUUGUUCCUCUUCAUCGCUGGAAGAUAUGAAUUCUCCAACAAAGGAGCUGACAUAUUCUUAGAGGCCUUGGCCAGACUCAACUAUCUGCUUAGAGUCAAUCACAGCGAUGUGACCGUCAUUGCAUUUUUCAUCAUGCCGGCUCGGACAAACAACUUCAAUGUGGAGACCUUAAAGGGUCAAGCGGUCAGGAAGCAACUUUGGGAUACUGCUCACACAGUGAAGGAGCGCUUCGGAAAGAAACUUUACGAGUCUCUCCUAGUUGGACAGCUGCCUGAUGUGUCAAAGAUGUUGGACAAAGAAGACUUCACCAUGAUGAAGCGAGCCAUCUUUGCUACUCAAAGACAAUGCCAGCCUCCGGUGUGCACUCAUAACAUGCUGGAGGACAACGGCGACCCCAUUCUGAACUCUGUGCGCCGUAUCGGCCUUUUUAACAGCUCCGUUGACCGUGUUAAGAUUAUCUUCCAUCCCGAGUUCCUGUCGUGCACUUCUCCUCUGCUUCCGAUGGAUUAUGAGGAAUUCGUAAGAGGUUGCCACCUGGGCGUCUUCCCCUCUUAUUAUGAACCGUGGGGCUACACGCCAGCCGAGUGCACCGUCAUGGGAAUCCCGUCCAUUUCAACAAACCUGUCUGGCUUUGGUUGUUUCAUGGAGGAACACAUAGCGGAUCCUUCAGCAUACGGGAUCUACAUCCUGGACCGGCGGUUCCGAGGGGUGGACGAGUCGUGCAAUCAGCUCACCUCCUUCCUGUUCCAGUUCUGCAAGCAGAGCCGACGCCAAAGGAUCAUCCAGAGGAACCGCACGGAGCGUCUCAGUGACCUCCUGGACUGGAGAUACCUCGGCAGGUAUUAUGUAGCCGCACGUCACAUGGCCCUGGCGAAAGCCUUCCCUGACACCUUCCUGUACGAACCUCACGACCCCACCUCAACGUCAGGUUUCCGUUAUCCCCGGCCCGCCUCCGUGCCACCUUCUCCUUCCCUCUCCCGCCAUUCCUCCCCCCACCACAGCGACGCGGAGGACGAGGAGGAUGACGACGAACGCUACGACGAAGAUCUGGAGGCGGAAAAGGACCGAGUGAACAUUCGCCAGCCCUUCACCAUGCCGUUCAAAAACAAGAUUUCUGCUGCUAACAAGCCCAACGGGAACGGCAACGGAGUCGCAAGUGAGAAAAACUGACACACGGAAACACGCCCGAACAUGUUGAAUGACGCUUGUGAGAUUUUGGAUAACGGAUGAUGGCCACAUAUUUAGCGAGCUAAUCAUAUAAACAAUUGAAAUGGAUCUGUCUUCCCAGCCAAAUAUAUAAAAACGUACCAAGUCCAUUUAAAUCCUUUCAGUCACACCAGCAGUGCUACAAGUGGUUUUGUUUUGAAGUAUAACCAGCGCAUCACAAAGGGAAAAGUCAAAACUGCUGUAUUUACUAACACUGAAUUAGGAUAAAACAUUUUUUUUUUUUUUAUAGAGCAGGAAAAUAAACAAUCAAAUCCUCCUUUUUACCGUUUUAUCAUUUUCUACUUUCCGUAUAGGAAGAAAAAUAGCAUCAUUUGCUGUAAGUAUCCCAAUUCCACUGUUUCGCAGUCAAUAGUAGCAUUUUUUUUUGUCUUUCAAAUGCCUUAUUUCUUUAAAAAAGAAACCGUUAAAAAAAACACCAGUACAUUACACACUCAAUGCUGCCAAAAUAUUCCUCUUGUUUUUGCGUUUUAAUUUUACUCCCAAGCCUUAACAGGUUUUUUCUUUUCUUAUUACUGUGAACCACCUCACAUGCACACUGCACAUGUAUCAGCUUGUGUAAUUGACGAGUAUUUAUGACAGCGGUAGGGAAAAAAAUAUAUGUGAACGUGUCUUGGUGAUUGCAACUGUUUGCACGUGUGAGAUGAGCCUUGAAUAGGAGCUAGAAAAUGGAAGAUGUAUGUCCCUGUGAGAGUUUUAUCAUUUCUUCCCAUCUUGCACAAUUCAACUUAUAAUAAAGACGACCUGUCUAAGGUUUACAAAUGACAA